AUCUGUCCACCUAGUUAUAGAUAACAUCGUAGUCAUCGUAGUUGUCAAUCUUAACGAUUCGUAAUCAGUGCGAUCAGUGCUUUCUAGUACGAAAUGAUGUGUUUUGUGGUUAAGCACUAAUUGAGGGAGUGGAUGUCGAUUUGAAAGUUGAGUCACGUAUAUUAACGUCCUUGCUAAAAAUGCUGUUUUAUAUGACGGGGCGAAAUUAAUGUACAAUUUAUAUAGCAUAAUUUGAAUAUUGCAUUUUAUUUAAUUCCAAUAGUAUGUAAUGUUUUUGGAAAGUAUACGUUAUGCCGUACUUAUGAAUUACCAGCCUCAGCAGAAAGUGGAAAGUGAAGAAGCCACUUUUAUCAUAAAACAUGAAGUCAGAAUCUGGAACAGACUAUCCUGGCUCCAUGCUACUUACAUGUGAUGAGAAUGAACAAGUACAUCGCCUUUUGGGGAAUAGGUGCCAGUCUCUGGCAGCAGGAGUUGUGCAGUUGUUUGUGACUGACCCACCCGAUCACUCAGCCUGGAGGCGUUUGGAUGCAGGUGUCUUGUGUUUAGUGAAGGACAAUCAACGACGCUCUUAUUUCUUCCGUCUCUACUGCCUGACCAGGUGUCAGAUGGUGUGGGAACAUGAAGUGUACAACAGUAUGGACUACAAAUGUCCAAAGAUGUGGCUCCACACCUUUGAGGGAGAGGACUCUAUUGUGGCCUUCAAUUUUGCCAGUGAAGAUGAUGCAAGGAGUAUGAAGACAAUUCUUAACGAAAAGUUGGAAGCAAAAAAACAGCGCAGGCUUGAACGGCGAUCAAGAUCAUCCUGGCAGGCAUCUCGCAACUGUGCGCCAGCAGGAUACCAGCCGGGACCCGGAGGAAAUCUGACUGGAAAUCAUAUGGGCAGUACCAGUCACCUAGCAAAUGGCUCAUUGGUUCCAUCGCCAAGGCAACAGCACCGCACUACUACAAGUGGCAAGAAGAAAGAUAAGGAUUCCAAGCGUCGGCUUACCAAAGCAGAUAUUGGUCUACCAAAGGACUUCAGGCAUGUGUCUCACGUUGGUUGGGACCCCAACAAGGGCUUUGAUCUGGAUAACGUUGAGGAUCCACAGCUGAAGUUAUUCUUUGAUAAGGCUGGAGUUUCAGAUAGUCAGCUUCAAGAUCGUGAGACACGUGAGUUCAUCUAUGACUUCAUCAAUCGCCAUGGUGGAAUUGAUGCUGUGAAAGAUGAGGUUGUUUACCCUCAGACUCCACAACCACCAGUGGGACCACCUCCAGUGCCUGCGCGAUCUGCCCCAGUCAGUAAUUUCCAGUAUCAGACAAGAAUUGCUCCACCACCACCGCCAUCUCGGACAAAUGCUCAUCCUCCGCCGCCACCUCCAUCACAACCCCCAGUAGCCACUGGACCUCCACCACCUCCACCACCUCCUUUACCGCCAACAAGAACUCCUCUCCAGAGACAAGACAUCUCACCACCACAAGGAGCACCAGCUCCUCCACCACCCCCACCUGUUUCAUUUGCAGCAUGUGCUCCUCCGCCUCCACCACCUCCUGUGUCCAUGCCACCAACAGAUUCCAAUGGGAUUUCAGCAUCAGGAGCGAAUGAUCCUAGGUCAGCACUUCUAGAGUCAAUUCGCAGUGGCAAGACACUGAAGCAUGUGGAGGUCGACAGUAAGCGACCCUCAGGUGCCAAUGAUUCUCGUGGUGAAUUGUUAGACCAGAUUCGUCAAGGAGUUGAGCUAAAAUCUGUUCAGACAACACAGAGACCACCUGUGAAUACUGCUCCUCAGGACAGCCUUGCAGGGGCAUUAGCAAGAGCCCUUGCCGAGCGUUCACGGGCCAUUCACUCAGACACCAGUGGCAGUAGUGAUGAUGAUGAUGAAGAAGAGGAUGAUGAAUGGGAAGACUAACAGAUUUUCAUGUGGUAUAUAAGAAAAAUCUGGAAUUUUCUUAUAUUAUAAUUUCAGCUUUAAAUUCAUUAAAUCAGUGAACUAGCAUAACUGAAAUUCUUCCCACUGUUCACUGUUUUGUAUGAGUAUGUGGUUAAGGUAUACAUAACAUUUCAUCCUGUUAUUAAUAUUAGUUAAUCACCAAUAACAUCAAUUGCAAGACUUAAAAUUGUAGUUUUCACUCUGUUGGCCCUUUAAAACCUCAGGUUUGUUUUAAAUGAUACUGUCACAUAUUGGGUGUAUAACGCGACAAAUAAGUUCACGCCGUCUUCUGAUAUAGCGAGUUUAUUCUGUUCGCUCACCUUACACACACUUUACAAUCAUUUACACUUGCAGUGAUACAAUUACUGCUCACAAUAUCUCGGUGAGACACUGGACUCUCUUCUCUGGCAGUUAUUCUAGGACUGUCCUCUUACACGGAUAUCCCAAGACUUUCUUCUUAGCUGGCUAUUCCGAGACUGAAGACUUCUCUUCGAAACUGGGCUUUUAUAACCUUGGCCGCUGCUAGGCAAAUGAAUCCUCUGUUAUAGCAGUGGAAACGUUGCUCUGUCAGUUCCGCGUUCCCUA